GUUAAAACCAAGUAGUCGUAGCCUUGGUCUCAGCGAUUUUCUUUUAUUACCAGGAUCUCCAUUUGUUCACAAGACCAUCGGAAUAUAAUGUUUCUCCGUUACGUGUUUGUUAUUAUUUCUGUGCUGAAUUUUCUGCACAACUUCCACGUGUGCUGCGAUGAAAACUGUGCCGAAAAACCUGUUUUCACUCCGUCCAGACUGGUAGUGAAGUAUGGUGACCCAGCCUCUGCCACGUGCCUUGUUUGUCAACAUAAUUGCACAAGUGACCAAUUUGGGUUGGAAAAGCCUGUAGGGUACACUGAAGAAUAUGGAACCACGAUUUCAUGGAAGGUUGACAACCUGACUGAAUGGGACAUAUCUCCACAGUGCUAUUAUACUGAUGAUGAUGGUAACCAGUGUAUUACCAGGCUUCCUAUAACCGUCUAUCAUCCUCCAAAAAAUGUCCAUCUGAGCUUCCUAAAUCACUCUGGGCCGAUGUUUGCAGGUCAUCAGUACACUCUGCAGUGUACAGUCCAGGAAGUUGCUCCUAUUGGUAACCUCAUUGUGACCUUCUACAGAGGACAGACAGAACUACAGAGACUACAGUCCAGCAGCACAACAAGUGAGCCAGUGACUGAGACCUUCACCCUGGACAUCAACCCUACUAAAGAAGAUGAUGGGGUCCAGUACUGGUGUGAAGCCAAGCUAGACCUGGGAGCUGAAGGACCACAGCCUCCUCCAGUGGUGACGUCACAAAAAAUCACCACCACUGUUUACUAUCAGCCUGAACUGAAGGGGUCUUCACAUCCAGAUCCAAUCACCGUCAUAGCAGGAAGCCCCCUACACCUGAACUGCUCUAGUGAGGGAAACCCCAGCCCCUCAUACACCUGGACGCUCCCGUCAGCCAGUCGUUCCCCCUUCAGUGGCGACACUCUCGAUAUUAAGUCUGUAACUUCUGUGGAUGGAGGACAGUACCUGUGUUUGGUCCAAAACGCUGCGGGGAAUGUUACUGUGAAGUUUACUGUGGAUUUCUACAAUCCUCCAAAAAAUGUCCAUCUCAGCUUCCUAAAUCACUCUGGGCCGAUGUAUAUGGGUCAUCAGUACACUCUGCAGUGUACAGUCCAGGAAGUUCCUCCUAUUGGUAACCUCACUGUGACCUUAUACCAUGGACAGACAUCACUGGGUCAACAACAUGUCAAGAAUAAACCAGUGGAGACACCAGUUAAUGAGACCUUCACCCUGAACAUCAACCCUCGUAAAGAAGAUGAUGGAGGCCUGUACUGGUGUGAAGCCAAGCUAGACCUGGGAGCUGAAGGACCACAGCCUCCUCCAGUGGUGACGUCACAAAACAUCACCACCACUGUUUACUACAAGCCUCAGCUGAAGGGGAGUCCUGAUCCAGAACGGAUCAACGUGACAGAAGGAGACCCUCUGCAUCUGAACUGCUCUAGUGAGGGAAACCCCAGCCCCUCCUACACCUGGACGCUCCCGUCAACCAGUCACUUCAGUGGCAGCACUUUCAGUAUCGAGGCUGUAACUUCUACAGAUGGAGGACAGUACAUCUGUUUGGUCAGCAACUCUGUGGGGAAUGUGACUAAAGAGUUUACUGUGGAUGUCAAAGUGAACUACAUCAACAUUAUAAUAGGGGUGGUGGUAGCAGUCAUCAUUAUUGCUGCCCUUGUCUUUGUUAUGUGGUAUCUGAACAGAAACAAAUGAAUGGGACAGUAGAACCUGAAGGAUAUUUUCAUUCUUUGCCAUCACCAUCAACACGUUGCUGUGCCUGUCGGAGAGUCAGUUUGUGGG